CAAGUAAUUGCUGCUUUCAUUACGCGGUUGUCACAAUAAAGGUGACGCGGUUGCGAGGCUGUGAGAAUUACAGUAAGGCAUGCCAAGAUGCGAAUGCCUUCGUUGAAGGAGCAGAAGGGAUAUCACGAUUGAGGUCAAAGUGUAUAUAAAGAGCCAAAUUGUCGUAACGAAAGAAUGGAAAUAUCCAACACAACAACAUAACAGCAAGUCCAGAGACCAACUUCUAAAGCAUGGUUUUUAAUCGCCUCAAACUCGCCAUCGGUGCCGUUUUGGCUACAGGCUCUGCCACUCUUGCGACAAAGCCCGACAUCUACGACUAUGUCAUCAUCGGCUCUGGUCCAGGAGGAGGGUCCCUUGCUGCCAACUUGGCUAGAGAGGGACACUCCGUCUUCCUGAUAGAAGCUGGAGGAGACAAUCACACCAGUAUUCUGGAACAGCUGCCAGCUCUAGCUCGAACUGCUGCCGAGACUCCAGGCCAUUCUUGGCAAUUCUUCGUCAAUCACUACGAGGAAUUUGAUGCAGCUCGUCGUGAUCCGAAGUAUACUUAUAUUCAGACCAACGGGUCAUACUACGUUGGACUUGAUCCGCCGGAGGGUGCUAGACCUGCCGGCAUAUACUAUCCUCGCGGCUCAACCCUCGGUGGCAGUGCGCAAGUCAACGCUAUGAACUUUGCCUGGUGUCCCGAUAACGAAUGGGACUACAUCGCCAAUCUCACGGGCGAUGCAUCUUGGGGUCAUGAGCAUAUGCGUCGACAUCUUAUGAACAUCGAGAACUGCACUUACGUCCCGGAGGGUACUCCUGGUCAUGGCUUCGAGGGUUACUUGGUGAACGACCAGAGCAACGCCACGGUUAACAUCGGAUCCCCUAACGUAGCCAACUUCUUCUCGCAGAUGUUCCAUGAGACUGAAGGUAUUGAUGUCGAAGACCCUGCCGAGAUGACCGAGCUUCUUCUCCGCGACCUCAAUGGUCUUGACCCACGUCGCUACGAAAAUGGUCGCAUGUACAGCACUCCCGUCGCGAUCAAUCCCAGCACAGCUGCCAGAAGUGGUGGGGGCAUUUACAUCAACCAGGUCAUCGAUGCCGGACACCCAUUGACUGUCAGCUUCCACUCCCUGGCCACUCGGGUUCUCACCAAACAGGGUCGCAACAAGAAGCCGCGCGCUUAUGGCGUGGAGUAUAUGGUCGGGGAGGGUUUGUAUUCUGCUGAUGGACGAUAUGAUCCUGAGCAAACUGGUGAGGUUCGAAAGGUUCAUGCCAAACAUGAGGUCAUUGUUUCCGGUGGCGCGUUCAAUACCCCGCAGAUCCUCAUGCUAAGUGGUAUUGGCCCGCGUGAGGAGUUGGAAGCUUGGGAUAUUCCUGUCGUUGUCGACCUACCUGCUGUUGGCUCCAACCUGCAUGACAAUUACGAAGUCCCUGUUCAGAUCCGCGGUGAAGAAAACUGGCUGAUCCCCAGAGAAUCCCCAUGCACCGGUACCUUUGAUGACGAAGACCCUUGCUUCGUACUGUGGCGAGACAACGCUUCGGGGCCAUACGCAGCACGCGACAGCAGCUACGGCGCUGUCUGGCGAAGUAGCCAAAGCUGGGACAAUGACUCGGAUCUCAUGUUUCUGAGUAGUCCAGGUCUUUCGGGCUUGGUAGGCUUUUACCCUGGCUACUCUACGGGCGAGAGGGCAGGCAAUGAUCCCUCAGAGUGGAUGCACGCUGUCGUCAAGAUGCAGACGAGCAACAGCGCCGGUACCGUUCGACUCAACUCAUCGGAUCCUCGCAUUCGUCCCAACAUCAACUUCAACUACUUUUCGGAAUCAGCUGAGCGUGAUCUCGAUGCCAUUGUUGAAGGCAUCGAGCUCCUGCGGCGGGCGUUUGACGCGACUGGUGUCCCAUAUACGCAGUUGAGUCCCGAUCCUGAGAACCUGAGACAAAGCAUUCAGGACUUGGCUUUCAGCCAUCAUGCAUCGUCUACUUGCGCCAUAGGACCUGGUGAUGAUGAGAACUCUUGUGUUGACUCGAGAUUUCGUGUUCGUGGCGUUGAUAAUCUGCGCGUUGUUGACGCGUCUGUCUUUCCUCGAAGCCCUGGAGGUAUGCCCAAUGGUCCGACGUGGACUAUUUCUCGCAAGGCUUUUGAGACUCUCUUGGAGGACAACCAUUGA